UUUUUUUUUUUGAAAAAUUCCUUUCUUUUUUUUUUCAAGCGUUACUCCGAAUCAGCUCUUAUCUCACAUUCCAUUUAAUUUGCUCCGUGUCUUCUAGUUGUUUUUAAGUCCGUACGACAAUUGUAAUUUAAAAACAAUUUCAAUUCUAUUUUCAAUCAACAUUUGCCGAGGAUUUCCCAUUAGUUGUGCGAGACAUAAUCGGUUGAACCGAAUUCGCAUUGCUUUCCAAUAACGUUUUGCCACUGUUGGAUUACAUCUCCGCUCGCAUUUCGGUGAACUUGAGAAAUGUCAAACUUACGAUCAACUUUGCAAAGAGCCUUAUUGCUAGCCAACCAGACUAGCCAUGGCCAAAAAGCCACCAUGUGCAAUAUUGCUGUGCCACCUAAAUCAAGACCGACGCCAGAUGCCUCUAAAUUUGAAAACAACAUUGUCACAUCGCCGUUUAAUGAUUGCAAGCUCCACGACACGUCGAUGGUCCAAAUGCUUUUCGAAAGUGCCAGCCGCUGGCCCACCAAAAUCGCAACGGAAUGCGGAGUAACUGGACGUAAAUACAGUUACGAAAUGAUGCGCCAAUUGAUUCGCCGUUUCGGCAGCGCGCUGACUCGAAUGGGAUUCCAAAAGGGCGAAGUGUUUGCCAUCAUUUCGCCAAACAUUCCAGAAUUCCCUAUCGCGUUGUAUGGAGCCUCCGGUGCCGGAAUGCCCGUCUCUUUGGUCAACCCUACCUACACUGCUGAGGAAAUGGCUCGUCAAUUGUCCAUCAAUGGCGCCACUGCUCUUUUCGGUGUUGCACCGAUGGCAGCGACACUGAAAGAGGUGGCCCGUCUUUGCCCAACUAUUCGACGCGUCAUCCUGUUGGGUCCACCUCAAGAAGGAAUCGUCUCUUUCCAGGAAAUGGCGCAAGAUUCCGGUGAUCUUUUCAACGAAAACCUCGACAUUAAUGCUAAAGAGGAUAUCUUCCUGCUGCCCCACUCUAGCGGAACAUCAGGUUUACCCAAGAGCGUCAUGUUGACCCACUUCAACAUGAGUUCGAACGUCAUGCAAUUCUUGGAACCUGGCGGCACCAAUCACCAACUGGCUACAUCCGAAUACCAAGACACUUACAUCUGUCUUCUUCCCUUCUUCCACACUUACGGCAUCACGAUUCUAAUGAACACUGGAUUCGAAACAGGCGCUAAAUUGGUGACACUUCCUCAGUUCGAAAUUCAGAGUUUCUUUAAAACCAUUGACGAUCACAAGCCGACUGCGUUGCACAUUGUUCCGCCUCUAGCAUCUCUUCUCGCCCAAUAUCCGGCUCUAAAAACCGAAUCCUUCAGCCGUUUACACACAGUUUUCUGCGGAGCGGCUCCAUUAAGCGUCCAGACGACGGUUAAUCUCCUCGAACGUCUUAAUGUUCCAAACUUGAGUCUUCAAGAAGGUUACGGACUUUCGGAAACAUCGCCCGGAAUUCUAAUGUCUCCAUUAGGAAAUGUCAAGCUCGGCUCUUGUGGUUCUCCCAUUUCCAGAUCAAAGGCCAAAAUUAUCGAUCACCAGGUUGGUGAUGACGCUUUGGCACCUUACCAGCAAGGUGAACUCUACGUCGCUGGUCCGCAGGUCAUGAAGGGCUACUACAACAAUCCCGAAGCCACCAAAGAAAUGAUUAGCGAGGACGGUUGGCUACGUACUGGCGAUGUGGCCUAUUACGACGAAGAAGGCCAUUUCUACAUCGUCGACCGAUUGAAAGAGCUCAUCAAAGUCAAAGGAUUCCAGGUUGCUCCGGCUGAGCUUGAGGAUAUCCUGACCAGCCAUCCGGCUGUGGCCGAAGCUGCUGUUAUAGGAAUCCCGGACGAACAGGCAGGUGAACUUCCACGGGCUUACGUUGUCAAGAAAGCUGGAAUGGAUUCGGUCAGCGAGGCUGAAGUCGCAGCUUACGUCAAUUCCAAAGUAUCGGCCCACAAACAAAUCAAAGGAGGCAUCCAGUUCUGCAUGGCGAUUCCUAAAAAUAACAUGGGCAAGAUUUUGCGACGUGAACUGCGAUCUCAAUUUGCUAAUGCAAAGUAAAUUGCUCAAUGGCGUAUAGGAAACAUUUUUUUAAAACUGCCAUUGUUUUUUUUUAUCAACUGCGCAAUACUCGUUCGCUAUCUGAUCAACACCGUGCAACACCGUUGCAACCACAUCUCUCCUGUAGACACCCAUGUGACUCUUUCUUCUUUUAGGGUUUAAAGAAAAAAACAAUGUGAUCAUUGACUGGACAAUAAUCUGACCGAAAUACUCAAUGAGUAGUGUAGGUGUACGUAUAAAUAAAAAAAUGUACCAUAAAAAAAA